AUGGCUAGGAAGAAUAUCAAUGAGGGUAAAAGAUCAGUUGUUCUUCAAGAAAGGAUGGAAGCUUUGUUUAAGAAAGCAGAUGAGCUAUCCAUUCUAUGUGGUGUAGAAAUUGGUAUUGUUGUUUUUAGUCCUCAUAAAAAAAAUGCUGAAUUUGAGUGGCCAUCAAGAGAUAAAUUUAAACAACUCUUGAUGAGGUUUCUAGAUAAACCACUAGUAGAGAGGCUUAAGAAGAUGACAACACAUGAACAAUUCCUCAGGAAUGAGAUAGAGAAGAAUGUGAGAAAAAUUGAUCAGGAGAAGACUGAAGAAAAGGAAAUGGAACAGCUAUUUAAGCAGUUAUAUCUUGGGGAAAAGACUGUCUUUGAACUGGAUAAAAGACAACUUAUAGGUGUUCGCAACUUGGCUAUGAAGGCGAAAGAGAAGGCCGUUGAAAGGAGAAUACGACUCCAGUUACAAGAUCAACGUCUUAGGUUACCAAUUGAUCACAUACCAUUUCGGGUGGCUCCACUUAAUGUUCCAUAUUUACCAAGUGAUCACGUAUCACUUCGAGUGGCUCCACUUAAUGUACAAGAUCAACGUCUUCAGUUACCUAUUGAUGAUCCUUUGGCACUUCGAUUGGCUCCACCUGACGUACAAUAUCAACGUCUUCGGUUACCUAUGGUUGAUCCUUUGACACUUCGAUUGGCUCCUCCCGAGAAUUAA